GAGAGAGAGAGAGAAGAGGAGAGAGAGAGAGAAACAGUCCCUUCGACGUUGUACCUUUCCUUUCCUCUCUUUUUCAAAUCUCCGAUUGCUGCAGUUUGCAGAGAUCUACAGAUUAAGAGAUCUUGAUUUCGAUUGGAUCCAUCGAUCCGCCUCCUCUCUUCAUCGAUUGAUUUCGACAGGUAAAAUUUUUGGAUCUUAGGUUGAAGUAAUGGAGGCGAUCGAGGAGUUGUCACAGCUGUCAGACUCGAUGAGGCAAGCAGCAGCGUUGCUUGCCGACGAAGAUGUUGACGAAAACUCAAGUUCAAGCUCCAGUUCUAGGAGGUCUUCUACCUUCCUCAACGUUGUUGCUCUCGGCAAUGUUGGGGCUGGGAAAUCUGCUGUUUUAAACAGUUUAAUCGGACAUCCUAUUCUGCCAACUGGUGAAAACGGUGCUACCAGGUCUCCUAUUAGCAUUGAUUUACAGCAGGAUGGUGCUUUAAGCAGCAAAUCAAUUACUCUGCAAAUUGACAACAAAUCUCAACAAGUUUCUGCCAGUGCAUUGCGGCAUUCUUUACAAGAUAGGUUAAGUAAGGGUUCCUCAGGAAAGAAUCGAGAUGAGAUUUAUCUUAAGCUGCGAACAAGUACAGCGCCUCCCCUGAAGUUAAUUGACUUGCCUGGACUGGACCAGCGGAUUAUGGACGAAUCAAUGGUUAGUGACUAUGCUGAGCGCAAUGAUGCCAUCUUAUUAGUUAUUGUUCCUGCGGCCCAAGCACCUGAAAUUGCUUCAUCGCGGGCACUCCGCCUUGCCAAAGAGUAUGAUGCAGAAGGUACCAGAACGAUUGGCGUUAUUAGUAAAAUAGAUCAAGCUUCCUCGGAGCAAAAAGCACUUGCUGCUGUUCAAGCUCUCCUGUUAAAUCAGGGACCGCCGAAAACAGCUGAUAUCCCAUGGGUUGCUUUAAUUGGUCAAUCAGUUUCAAUAGCUUCUGCACAGUCUGGAUCUGAAAACUCUUUGGAAACAGCAUGGAAGGCAGAGAGUGAAAGCCUCAAAUCCAUACUUACUGGAGCUCCUCAGAGCAAGCUAGGCAGAAUAGCUUUGGUCGAUGCUCUUGCACAGCAGAUUCGCAAGCACAUGAAAGUCCGGCUACCAAACCUCCUCUCUGGGUUACAGGGGAAGUCCCAAAUUGUUCAGGAUGAGUUGGUAAGGCUUGGUGAGCAGAUGGUCCAGACCGCUGAAGGUACAAGGGCAAUCGCAUUGGAACUUUGUCGUGAGUUUGAAGAUAAGUUUCUCCAACACAUUACAACUGGUGAGGGUACUGGCUGGAAAAUUGUUGCAAGUUUCGAAGGGAGUUUUCCCAAUAGGAUCAAGCAGCUUCCAAUAGACAGACAUUUUGAUAUCAAUAAUGUUAAACGGAUUGUGUUAGAAGCUGAUGGUUACCAGCCAUAUUUGAUAUCCCCUGAAAAGGGUUUGAGAUCUCUAAUAAAAGGGGUCUUAGAGCUGGCCAAAGAACCAGCACGACUUUGUGUUGAAGAGGUACACCGUGUCCUCAUUGAUAUAGUUUCUGCAGCUGCAAAUGGUACACCUGGUUUGGGAAGGUACCCUCCAUUUAAGAGAGAGGUUGUGGCCAUUGCAAGUGCUGCACUGGAUGGGUUUAAGAAUGAAGCAAAAAAAAUGGUGGUUGCACUUGUUGAUAUGGAGCGAGCUUUUGUGCCCCCUCAGCACUUCAUUCGUUUGGUGCAAAGGAGGAUGGAAAGACAGCGCCGAGAGGAGGAACUGAAGAACCGACCCUCAAAGAAAGGACAUGAAGCAGAGCAGGCGAUACUGAAUAGGGCAACUAGUCCUCAACCGGCUGGUCAGCAAACUGGUGGAAGCUUGAAGACAAUGAAGGAGAAAUCUGGUCAGGCUGAGAAAGAAGUGCAGGAGGGAUCUGCUUUGAAGACUGCAGGUGCUGAUAGAGAAAUAACUGCAGGGUUUUUACUAAAGAAAAGUGCAAAAACUAAUGGAUGGAGUAGGCGAUGGUUUGUUUUGAAUGAUAAGACCGGAAAGCUUGGUUACACCAAAAAGCAAGAGGAAAAACAUUUUCGAGGUGUCAUCAUAUUAGAGGAAUGCAGCAUUGAAGAGGUAUCGGAUGAGGAAGAGCCUGCCCCCAAAAGUGCAAAGGAUAAAAAGGCUAAUGGCCCAGAUAAGGGACCCAGUCUUGUGUUCAAGAUAAGUAGCAAGGUUCCUUAUAAAACUGUUCUGAAAGCUCAUAGUGCUGUUGUCUUGAAGGCUGAGAGUAUGGCUGAUAAGGUUGAAUGGAUAAACAAAUUAUCCAAAGUUAUUCAACCUUCUAGAGGGCCAAUGAAAGGUGCAUCUACUGAUGGUGGUCCUGGAAUGCGGCACAGUCUUUCUGAUGGUUCUCUUGAUACAAUGACUCGAAGACCUGUUGAUCCUGAAGAAGAACUUCGAUGGAUGUCUCAAGAAGUUCGUGGUUAUGUUGAAGCCGUAUUGAAUAGUUUAGCUGCCAAUGUCCCCAAAGCUGUCGUUCUUUGCCAAGUUGAGAAAGCUAAGGAAGACAUGCUAAAUCAGUUAUAUAGCUCUGUCAGUGCUCAAAGCACAGCAAGGAUCGAGGAGCUACUUCAAGAGGAUCAGAAUGUAAAGCGUAGAAGGGAGCGAUACCAAAAGCAGUCCUCACUUCUUUCAAAAUUAACGCGCCAACUUAGCAUUCAUGACAAUCGAGCUGCUGCUGCUUCUGGUUGGUCUGACGGUGGUGGUGGGGCAGAAAGCAGCCCAAGGACGAGUUCAGCCGGUGAUGACUGGAGAUCUGCAUUUGAUGCAGCUGCUAAUGGCCCUGUGGACUAUAGGAGGUCUGGAUCUAAUGGUCACAGCCGGCAUUACAGUGACGCAGCACAAAACGGUGACGUGAAUUCUGGAUCAGGCUCCAAUAGCCGUCGUACCCCAAAUCGUUUGCCACCUGCACCACCACCGUCUACUUCGUCAGGUUACAAAUUUUAGUGGCCGGUAGUUUCAGUUUAAAAUUCUCAUUUUCCGCUGCAUUUUUGGUGGGCAGCAUUCUAUCAAAGCCCACUCUUAUAUUUUGAGCAUUUAGCUUUAUCAAAUUCUACCUUGGAAAGAGUCGUUAGAAGAGGGGAGAGAUGGUGUAUGUGUAAAUAGGACUAUAGUUUCUCGAUGUCAGGUUCUUCGGCUUUUGCCCUUGUCAGAACUGUGGAUCUACAUUCUUUGGAGAUCCGUCCUUGUAUUUUUCUAGUCAAUAGUUUUGGCUUAUGUUUUUUCCCCAUUAAAUUCCUUCCCUCAUUUUUGUGCUCCACUGAUGUAUUUGAUUGUCUUUGACUAUGAAAUUGUAUUCAGGCUUGGACGAUAAUUAAGGGGAAGGAUUAUUACUUUAUUUCUCAA